GUAUAUUUAGCCGGUGGCUGAGCACGCUGUUGCGUGAGGUGCUUCUCGUCCCCUUCGGCCUGCCUGCCCGCCUCGUACGGAGUGAAACCGCCUCCUCCUCCUCCGCGUCCAGCUCCGCCUCGCCCGCAGUUUUCAGUUGACCAAAGAAAUGGUGAUGGAGAAGCCAAGUCCCCUGCUGGUUGGGCGGGAGUUCGUGAGACAGUAUUAUAUUCUGCUGAACCAAGCACCAGACUUCUUGCACAGGUUCUAUGGAAAGAAUUCUUCUUAUGUCCAUGGUGGCUUGGAUUCAAAUGGAAAACCAGCUGAUGCAGUCCACGGGCAGUCUGAUAUCCACAAGAAGGUCUUGUCACUGAAUUUUAAGGAUUGUCGCACGAAGAUCCACCACGUGGACGCCCAUGCCACUCUGAAUGAUGGUGUUGUUGUACAGGUCAUGGGUGAGCUCUCCAAUAACACACAGCCAAUGCGGAGAUUCAUGCAGACUUUUGUCCUUGCUCCUGAGGGUUCUGUUGCGAACAAGUUUUAUGUCCAUAAUGACAUAUUCCGUUACCAAGAUGAAGUUUUUGGUGAUUUAGAUGCUGAACCUCCAGAGGAAUCUGAGGAGGAAGCAGAGGAACCUGAGGAUAGGCAACAGACUCCUGAGGCAGUUGCUGAUGAUUCAGCAGCCUACUACGAGCAGUCUGUCAGCAAUGACUUGGAGGAACAUUUGGAGGAGCCAGUUGCAGAGCCGGAACAAGAAGUUGAACCUGAACCUGAACAGGAGCCUGAACCAGAGGCUCAGGAAGAAAAAACUGAGCCAGCGCUGGAGGAAGCAGCACCUGAAGAGACUGUAGAGAAGAGUCCUUCUCCAGCCCCUGUGGACCCUGCUCCUGUAGUGCAAGAGGACUCGAGGACAUCUUCAUGGGCAUCUGUAACCAGUAAGAAUCUCCCACCUAGUGGAGCUGUUCCAGUAUCAGGCAUACCACCUCACGUUGUCAAAUUACCUGCAUCACAGCCCCGUCCUGAAUCAAAGCCUGAAUCUCAGACUCCACCGCAGAGACCUCAGCGAGACCAGAGAGUGAGAGAACAACGGACAAAUAUCCCACCACAAAGAGGCCCUAGACCAAUGCGGGAAGGAGAGCCAGGUGACAUGGAAACUAGGCGUAUUGUGAGGUACCCAGACAGUCACCAGCUGUUCGUUGGGAAUCUCCCUCAUGAUGUGGAUAAGGCAGAACUAAAGGAUUUCUUCCAACAAAUUGGAAAUUCUUUUGCAGGUUAUGGGAAUGUUGUGGAACUACGUAUCAACAGUGGAGGAAAACUCCCUAAUUUUGGAUUUGUGGUGUUUGACGAUCCAGAGCCCGUUCAGAAGAUCCUUGCCAAUAGGCCGAUCAUGUUCAGAGGAGAAGUGCGUUUAAAUGUGGAAGAGAAAAAAACGCGAGCAGCCAGGGAGGGUGAUCGCCGAGACAACAGACCCCGUGGGCCUGGUGGCCCCCGUGGGGGGCUGGGAGGUGGGAUCCGAGGGCCUCCACGUGGAGGAAUGUCUCAGAAACCAGGAUUUGGCACUGGAAGGGGCAUCGGGCAACGCCAGUGAUUAAUGGAUGACAUGAUGAGACAAACCCUUCCUGCAGAUUUGUGAAUUUCAGCCUUGGGUAUCUUGGAAUGUGGCCCUACCCUGUUAUAGACUGCUACGUUUGAUACUAUUUUGGCCCAUUUUGUUUGUGUUUGGUUUCGUGAUUUUUUUUUCUAGUCUUUGUCCCAGAUUCCAGCUUUGUGGAACAAUAUUUCGGGAAAAAGUGGAUUUUUUUUAAAAAAAGAAAAGAACUGAAUCCUAGCUUGCUGCAGACAUGUGGACUGGAUUUUUUUUUGUACCUGUUGUUUUUCCUAAUGGAAUGUGUGGCGCUUUUUUUUCUUCCUUACUGAAAUGGGGUGCGCUUCAGUCAGUGGAAUUAACCUUUUCAGCUGCAUGUGUUCAGGAGCCUAUAGGAAAAACUAGUAUGUGACAAACGUUUCAAGGGCAGGGAAAUCCGUCACCCCUUGGGGUGGGGUGGGGUCACAUGACCUGUUGGACCUUGGUCUGGAGAUGUUGCCUCUUGAAAAUUGACAUUACCCUUUCUCUGUGGCGCUGUAAAAGUGGAAUAAAGGGUAUCAAUAGAAUGCUCUUUUUUGGUACAUGAUCACGAAAAGGAAUUCUCGCUACUGUUUUACCACUUACAAGGAUUGUGGGAUAGGUUUUAAAUGUCUAGAACUUGACUCUUUAAAACACUGUUCCUGAACUUGUUUUUUUUUUAUUGAAAUAGGGAAGUUUUUUUCAUGUUUAGUUUGUAUUUGUAUUAAAACGAAAACAAAAUUGUUGUGCCUUCUAUUUAUCUCUCAUUCCAGUCUUGGCAAAUUGUUAAAAAAGAAAUAAAAAAGUCUAGAUUUGCUUUA